AGCCUCUCCGCUCUUUCUGUCAUGGAGGCUUUUGGCGUAGCAGCGAACAUCAUCUCAAUCAUCCACAUCACAACCGAGGUUGUUCAGCGGCUCAAUGAUUUCAAAGCGACGGUCGAAGGCCUACCUAGGGCGCUAAAAUCACUCAGCGUCGAGCUUCCCACGUUGAUCAACUCUCUGAGGCGCAUUCGGCAGGCUAUUGAAGAUGGACGUGUGUCUCAAGAAAGUCAGGAAGCGUUGGAGCCUCUUAUCAAGGACUUUGAAUUCCAGAUUCAGUCCUUGUCGGAUAUCAUACUCAAGAUGCGUCCAAGGGUGAAUUCGAAUACAGCUCGGAACCUCAAAGCUGUUGCAAGCUUUCGUUAUGACAGCGAAGUCAAGCAAAUAGAAAGCGUGAUCAGAAACUAUGUGUCUACUUUGACGUUAGAAUCUACCAUCGCGGCUGAUAGCAGAGGUACCACAGUUUCACCACUUCUUCCUAAGCCGAGAUUCAUCUGUCCCUUCGGAAGGGACCUUGAUUUCGUCGAAAGAUCCGUCCUUGUUGAACUAUCCGCCUCAAGGGGGCCUGGAUCGCGCCACGCACUUGUAGGAGGAGGCGGCAUCGGGAAGUCCCAAAUUGCGAUUGAAUACGGAUAUAGAGUUCAAAGGGCCUCUCCCAGUACGUGGGUCUUCUGGAUCGACGCGGACAAUGUCAUGAAAAUGGAAGAGGGAUUUCGGGAGAUUGCGAAAGCCUUGCGCAUCUAUGGGUCGAGUGAUAGAGACGCAGAUGUCUUCAGUCUCGUCUAUGACUGGCUGCGUAACGAAGCAAACACAACAUGGCUGAUGAUUAUCGACAACGCGGACGACAAGGACGUAUUCACCCAUCUGCCACCCAAGUACAAAGGAUCCGAUCAGUCCAAGGAGAUAAGAGAGUUCAUACCGCAAUCCUCGAACGGAUCGGUUCUGGUGACGUCACGAAGUCGAGACGCUGCAUUCCAAGUCACUUGUAACUAUAAGAACAUCAAGACGGUGGAACCAAUGAGUGAAACAGAAGCACUCAUUCUCCUUCAAACGCAGCUAGAAGACGACCAUGAGAUUGAAGACAUGAAGCUGCUUGUCAAGACUAUUGACUACAUACCACUCGCCAUCACCCAUGCAGCUGCCUAUAUCAGCAGGCGUUCAAUGCCGAUAUGCGACUACCUACAACAGCUCCGAAACAAAGAUGAAACAGACGUGAGCGCCUUGGAAGACGAUAUUCCACAGUUGCGUCGAAGUGCAGGGCGAUCCAACUCAAUUGUCAGGACUUGGAAGAUUACGUUUGAGUACGUUCGCAAGACCAUGCCUUCGGCUGCUAGACUUUUGUCGCUGAUGUGUUUAUUCGAUCGUCAGGAUAUUCCAAAAGCGCUUCUCCAGGGGCAGUACGACGAAAUGACACUUAUAUCACAAAGUGUCCACAAACCAUGGUGGAGGAGAAGACCUCGUAUGCGUAAAAGAAAGAAAGAGCAAUGCUCGAUACCAUUAUCCAAGACGCUUUCAUGCGAUUUCGAGGAUGACUGGCUUGUGCUAAGAGAUUUCAGUAUGAUCAAGAUAAAUAAGGACAGGAGACACUUUUCCAUGCAUUCUUUAGUCCAGUUCACGACAAAACGAUGGCUCAUGGAAGACAACCAACUGGAUGUCUGGAGCCAGAAAUUCAUCGACAUCCUUAGCAGCAAUUUUCAUGAUUCAGACGACGGCACUUUCCAGAAAUGCGAACCGCUCCUCGCACAUGCGUGUGCUGCAAUCCCAUACCGACCAUCCAAUGCUGAUAUGCAACCGCUUCGGGCAUGGGCAUCACUUACAAGGAAGGUUGCACGCUACUAUGAUCAAAGAACAGGACUUGAGAUCGCCCAGGACUUAUACCGAGUUGCAGCUGAAGCUUUUGAGAUAGCAUUGGGGCCAAAGACUUCAGAAGCACUUAAAUGCCGCACUCAGCAAGCGUUUAUGCUCUUUCAAACGGACAGAAAUAUGGCAUCAGAAACUGUCUUUCGUCAUGUUCUCUCUUCACAGCGAGAAGCCCUUGGGCAUGAACAUCUCGACACGCUCGAAACUAUGGAUCGGCUAGCUGAUGUGUUAGCUUCCCAGCGUCGUCACGCAGACGCCGAGGUAUAUCAUGUGCAAGCUUUGAAAGUUCGACUGCGCAAGUUCGGUCCCGCGCAUCCCGCCUCUCAGGAGUCUCUCGUCAAGCGCGGCUAUUUUCUCUUGAAGGAAAGUCGUUAUUCCGAGGCAUACACGACCUGGAAGCAGGCUUCUGAGGCCCGAAAUACAACACGCGACGAUACCUGGGUCAAAGAGCUGGACUUGAUUGGUCUGAGUUUACAGUUAUAUGGUCGUGCAUCGGAUGCCGAGCGCUAUCUACGAGAGUCGCUCUCCGAGAAGGAGCGCAUGUUUGGGGAAGAGAAUGAUUCCACAGUGCCUGAAGCCGCUGCAACACUAGCGCGCAAUCUACUUGCCCAAGAGAAUUACACAGGAGCAGAACCCCUGCUACGUCGUGCGAUGACCUGGUACGAUACAUGCAGUUUUUGGAGCAACCCGGUACGCUCCCAGAUAAUGGGUGAACUAGCUCAUAGUCUCUCACAAACGAACAAGCUUGAAGAGGCUGAGGCUUUGGCGAGGACGUGCCUGUCACUACGAUCUGAAACAGCUGGAUCACAAGCCCGCGAAACUUUGGAAAUUAUGUGGAUUCUGGCUGGGAUUCUCAAGAAGCAGGAACGCUCUCUGGAAGCCUUAGAGAUGUAUCGAAACUCAUACAAAGUUGCGAUAGAGACGUUGGGAGAGGAACAUGCGGACACAAAAGACUAUAGACAUGACUAUGAGGAGCUCAACCAAAUCUUGAUCCAGGAGAGCUUGGUAACUGCAAAAGGAGACCAGGAUAAAGCCAUGAUAAACUCUGCUGUCAACUUUGGCAAUGAGGAUGCAGACGCAGGAGCUCAAGAACCUGGUGUUGAUGUCUUCCGCGCGCCUCCGCUCGCUGGUAGCGUGUACAAGUACACCAUGGCAUUUUCUGCGCCAAAGAUGUUACCUAGGGCCUCAGCGCUUUUCGUACCAUUCGAACUCCAACUCUACAGACAUUGGCGCCAGUCGGCUCUCGGUAUUGUUGACGAUGACGAUGACGACAUCCUUCUCCCCACAGCAUUCGAAUACAGAGAUUUCCUAGAAUGGCGCGCGAGUAUCAACAACAUUCAAGACGUGGAAGACAGAACUCCUGAUCCAGCCUUUACAGGGUUUCGAUUGGCGGAGCGAUGUGAACAUCCGUUACACCCUGGGGAUCCACGUAUAGAUGUCCAACAGCAAGAGCAGGGCGAAGUAAACAAGAAGCGUGAGAAGAAACACAAGAUAGGUUGGUGUCCGAUGUGCGUUGUAGAAAUCCAUCUCAAGCUGGUUGGCGACCUGUGGGACAAGUGGGAAGAAUCGGGUGGCGCAUGGCGUAUCCUGCCUGCUGGUAGUACCGGUGAGAACUUCCAGAUUCGAAAACGGGCAUACUACAAGCAAAAGACCGAUACGGUCAACGAUAUCGAUGACUUGGAGGAUAUUGCGCGCUUGGAGGCUGCAUGGGAAGCUGCGCACCCUGCCGUAGAUGUCGAAGUCGUGCGUGCGUAUAGCGCCAAGACAGCGAUAGCGGUGUAUGCAAAGAGCGUUCAGUUUCCUGCACGCUUAGCGGAAGUUGAUCAGGUCACACCCAGAACACCCUCGCGGAAGCGUGAAAAGAAAUGCCUCUCUUAUUCACCAGACACACCAGAGGAUACUAAACAUCGCUCACGUGCUCUCUACGCUCGGAGACACCCCAGUUACGACCCCGAGUCCCCACAUCGCUGUCCUGAGGACAAUGGGUGGGCUGAGACCUCAUUCAGCAACGACUGGGAGUAUAAUGUACGGCAAUGCCGCCUUUUGUUAUGCGACAAAGAUCCGAAGGAAACGAACGUUGCCUACUGCGAGCUCACGGACGAGAACUCUAAAGAUGCCCUCAUCAAGGGUAUCGAAGAGUGGUUCAGUAUGAUGCAGGGGGAUUGGAAGGCGUCCUGGGCUCGCACAUUACUUACUACAACCGAUUUGUUUGUCGUUUGGAGAAGCCCAUCUGACACUGAAGAAUCUGAUAAUGAUUUCGAUAACUGGGACAGGCUCGAGACGCUCGUGGGUACUAAUCUGGAGGCACAUGCACUACGAAUCGGCGACCUUACGGAUGCUGAUAUCGAGCCGAUCCAAGGACAAACAUUGGGGGACUUUUUCGACCAGGACUCUGUCGCAUCUGACUCUAGCUCCGAAACGGAUGAAGAAGAGCACGAAUUAUCUGAUUCUAUGGAUCUGAGAGGAGAAGAGGAUGUAGUCACUGGAGUGGCUAGACAAGAACGUCAGCUUGAUCAUAUGGCGCUUAGACAGGAUGCUGGAACGGAAAAUUGUCGACCUGAUACAUUGUCCAAGCGUUAA